AUGGUUCGCAACAAGGUUCAUUCUAGUGAGAACUUUUUUCUUUCAGAAGAAGUAAGUGGUAUAAAUUACCAAAAAUUCAACGGCGCAAUUGAAAACAAUUCCUAUACUGAGAAGGAAGAAGCAGCAGAAGAGGCAAAUGAAGACGAGGAAAAAAAUGAAGAAGACAAAGAGGAAGACAGGUUAAACCAAGUGCUAGAUGAGCUAGAGGCUACCAAUUUUGAUAUUGAUAGUGAUAGCGAUCACGGGAAGAAUAACAGUUUUAUAAAUAAAAGAUUAAGAAACGAUGAUGAAGAAGAAGAUGACGACGAUGAAGAAGAAGAUGAUGAUGAUGACGAGUAUGACGAGGAUGAUGAUGAAAAUUUUGGUGGCGAUCUUGGCAAUGAAUUUAGUGAAGACGAUGAUGAUGCCGACGAUGAUUUCUUGAUGGAGGAUUCGGAAGAGGGCGAUGAUUACGAUGACUAUGAUGAUGGAUAUGACUUGAAAGAUGCCCUCAAGAAAGCGGGGAAUUUCAAAGUCAAAAAUAAGAAAGCAAAACUAGCUAAUACAGGAAAAACCUCAUCCUCGUACAAACUGAGGAUGAUGAGGACGGAGAAUCGAGAAUUGGAUCCUGAAGUGCGAAUGCUUCUAUCGCAAGCUAAUGAAGCAUUUGUGAGAAACGAUUUGCAAGUCGCAUUGGGCUUGUAUACAGACGUCAUCAAGAAAGAUGCUCGAAAUUUCCACGCAUACAAGGCAAUUGGUGAAAUUCAUAAAAAUUUGGGGAAUCUAAACGAGUGCUGUAACUUUUGGGUCUUGGCUGCCAACUUGCAUUCCUGGGACCAUGAGUUUUGGAGUCAAGUAGCCGAGCUCUCUGCCGACCUUGGACAUAUUGAUCAGGCAAUAUUCUGCUAUGGUAGAGCAAUAACUUCGGAUAUCAAGAAAUCUUCUCGCUUUAUUAUGCAAAGAGCCAUUCUAUACAAGGAGAAACACCAAUUUGGAAAAGCCUUGGACGGCCUUCAAAAAGUUCGUCUGGUUUAUCCAACUAACCCUGAGGUAUACAAACACAUUGCAAGUGUAUAUUCUGAACAGCGGCGAUUGAAUGAUGCUAUAAAUUUGUACAUGAAGAUGCUUGAUUGGAACAUCAAUGAAGACAUCAAUUCCGCUGAAGUGUACCCCAAGUUUGAUUGGUCAGAGCUAAACAUAUUAUUGGAACUACAUAUACAACAUCGGUCUUUUAGAAAUGGGUUAACCGUUUUAAAACUAACGGCAAGAUGGAUCCAGGAUAGGUCGCAAGAGGUGUGGGACGAUCAAGAUGAUUCAGAGUUUGAUGUGAAAAGAAGAUUUAAAAAUUCUCAUAAGCUUCUGGCGGUUGCUCGGCAAGCUUUUAAUACUAAAAGAUUUGAACUACCCAUAGAUAUAAGAUUCAAGUUGGGUGUUUUGCGACUAGGCGCGGGUGACAAUGAAGAGGCUCUACACCAUUUUGAAUACUUGCUCGAUGAAGACCCCAGCUCCAUUUCUGACUUGUAUUUUGAAGCUGGUAAGCAUUUGGAAGAUGUUGGGCUCUACGAGGAAGCCUUACUUUAUUUGACAAGAGUAGAAGAUGAACCUUCUCCGGAAUUGGUUCGUCUUUUGGGUAAAUGUUACAUUGAGGGCGGUGAUUUUCUUCAGGCUAAAUAUGCAUACGAAGACUUGCUCAGUCUAGAACCCGAAAAUGCUGAUUAUAAGCUUUCACUAGCAGAGACAUUGUAUCAUUUGGGUGAAGAAACUAGAGCAGAGCAUUUGAUCAAUGAAGUGCAAAGAGCCAACUCGUCAACAGCAACAGCAACAGCAACAGCAACAGCAACAGCAACAGCAACAGCAACAGCAACAGCAACAACAACAGCAACAGCAACAGCAACAACAACAACAACAACAAUGCCAGAAGCUAUUGAUAAUGAACUGCCUGAAAACUUGUCUUUGAUCAGAAAUAGAAUCCGCAAGGCUGCAAAGCGUGUACGACUAACUGAGCUUGAGAAACAAGAGAUUGAAUUGAAUGCAAAAAGAAAAGUUUUGGAGAAGUAUACCCGGAUGGAAAGGCUCCAAGAUGCAGUUGACGAAGGCGACAAAAUUGCAAUUUCGGCUUGGAUUCAAUUGGCAUCGCAGCUUGUUGAAAUGUUUACAAAGACCAAAAGCUUUUUCCCCAAGGAUAGGAUGAAAAAAUUUAGAGGCAUAUUUCGUAGGAAUACAAGUAAAAAAAUGAAUUUGGACGAAAGGCUUGCGAGGGCAUACAAUUUAUUGGAAGGCAUCGAUGACGACGAUAAUCUUGGACGUCACACUUUAACUUCAAUGACUGAAUUUAGAGGAUUGAAUUACCAGCAGUGGUUUGAGAUAUUUGCCCAAUAUGCUUUGUUGUUAUGGAGAUACGAAUAUGACCCAGGUCAUGCAGAUGAGAUCUUAAAUGUUGCAUUGAGUGCUAGUAUAUUUGCUCAAGACAAAAAUAAGGAAAUCAUAUUGCAGGUGUUGAAGGUGCUGUUUGGAAUUUCGGAGAACCUUCCUUCGACAACUGUUCAAACACAUACUAGAAAUUUGCUCAACUUGAACCAAUUUUCUCCAUUUGUGUACAAGUUUUAUCUAUGUUGCUAUGCCUCCGGGUUAAAAUUUUGGGAGAAUUUUGCAUGUUACAACCAACAAAAAUAUUUCCUUCGACAGCUAAAGGCAUAUGACUCGACAUUUAGUGGAGUUCCUAUCUCUGGUAUGGCCUUGGUUAAUGCAAAUGUAUCCAAUAUUGCCUUGGGAAAAUGUCUUCCAGACUUGGUAUACAUCUAUGCCAAUAUGCUAGGUGGAAACAGAAGUUAUAUUUCCUCUAUUUUCUACAUGAAUCGUGCUUACGAGUUUAACAAUAAAGACCACAUGAUUUGUUUAAUUUUGGCGCUUCUUCACAUUCAUAGAUCAAUGCAAAGACUUACAUCCAAUAGGCACAAUCAACUUCUUCAAGGUAUCAGCUAUUUUUUGGAGUACAAAGACUUGCGUCUAGGCGGAAAAGAAGUUGGUAAAGCUGGUGAAGCCGGUGAAGCCGGUGAAGCUACCAUUUAUGAACAACAGGAAGUCGAGUACAACUUUGGCAGACUUUUUCAUAUGCUUGGGUUAUCUUCUCUUGCGGUGCAGCAUUAUAAUAGAGUUUUAGCUCUUCUGGAUAGCAACCAUUUGGAAGAAGAUUAUGAUUUGGCCACCGAGGCUGCGUAUAACCUCACUUUGAUCUAUAACUUGAAUGGAAAUAGUUUGUUAGCUCGCGACUUGACUGAAAAAUAUUUAGUUUUGUGA